CUCUGCGCGUGCGUUUUUUCAGUUUGAUCAGUUUUGAGUCGCGCGCGGUGAAGAAGUGAGGUUCGAGCUGUGGAUCAUUACGUCACAGAACGGAUCGAUCGGAUCGAUGGAUUGAUCGAUCACAGCUGCAGCGGAGACAUGGUGCGUGUGUGUGCGUGGCUGGCGUGCAUGUGCGUGCUGAGUGUGCGUAUUGGGGCACACGGUGUAUUGGACGGGAGUGACCACACCCACCUGGACCACCAUCACCUGGUUUCCAACGGCAACGCAGCCUCAGAUCUGUGUGCGAUAGACCAGCAGCUCUGUGAGGAUGAAAACGCCGUCCUGAGUUUCGAGGCGAUCUGCAGCAUCCACAAACAGAUGGACGAUGACGCCGACGGGACGGUGGACACAACCGAGACAGACGAGUUUCUGAGGGAGGAUCUGAAAUAUCACGACCGGAAAGACAAACACAGCAGCUUCCACGGAGCCGACCUGCACAUCAGCAUCGAGGACAUGUGGAGCGCCUGGCAGAGCUCGCCAGUUUAUAACUGGACGGUGCAGCAGGUGGAGAACUGGCUGCUCAUCAGUGUGGAGCUUCCUCAAUACACAGAAACCUUCAGGAGACACCAGCUGGAUGGGAAGUCCUUACCCAGUCAGGCAGAGAAGAUCAAGAAGAAGAGGAGUUCUCUGUUCGGGACGUUUCACGUCGCUCACAGCUCGUCACUGGACGACGUCGACCACAAGAUCUUGUCGGCCAAACAGGCGCUGGCGGAGGUGACGGCCGCGUUGCGGGAGAAACUCCACCGCUGGCAGCAGAUCGAGUCUCUCACUGGUUUCUCUUUGGUCAACAACCCGGGACUCGGAGCGCUGGCAGCCGCCCUCAACCUGGACCCGUCCAUCCUCGGCCUGCGACCUCCGACCCCGCAGCACCUCCUGCUCUCUGACGACCUCGACGACAUGGAUGAGGACAUCCUGUCUCCUGGGACGCUGCAGUAUGCAGCGUGGCAGAUGGACCGGCGAGUGAGCGACCUCUGGCCCCUGAGUGGCAUCGCAGAUUCACAGUCGUCAUGGAAACAUUCUGCUCAGAGUCUGAUGCCCUUGCGACAGCGGACGGGAGACCCCGCUCUGAUGUUCAGCUCUCAGAGGGACAUUAUGAACCGCUCAGACUCUGACUCCUCCCUCCCACUCUCUCCUGGCGAAUCACGAGGUCUGUACAGCCUCAAGCCCCUCCUCCUGCCCUCUGGGCCCCACCCCCUGCAGGGUCAGGGUUCUGGGCUCGUUGGAGGCUUGGAGAAGAGCUCCAGCCUCGGGGAGCUGAGGGGCAGUCCUGCCCCCGUCCUCGCCUCCUCCUGCUCCACCCACUCCCUCUGCAUCACGCCAGACCGUCACGUCGCCUCCUCCUCUGCCUCGCCCUGCUCGUCGGGCCCCCAGUUCCUGACCAGGAGAAGCCCGGUGGAGGAGGACAGAGGCGAUGAGUCGUCCAGCAGCCGGAAGAGAAACACGUUCAAUAAGAUCUUUAAGAAGAAGCAGGGACGUCAUUGAUUCUCAGUUCCAGGAAAAAUCCCACAAACCUGCUGCGGAGUCACGACGAGACUCUAACCUUCAUCAGAGGAAACUUCACUCGUCUGCUUUUCGGACCUAGUUUGAUCUUUGCUCUCCGUUACACUGAGUAGAGAUCAGAUUCAGACAUGAAGAUGGAUGAGUUUGAGGAGGACUGAUGAAGACAGUCAAAUAAAACAGUUGAGAGACUUUUCCAUCUUCUUUUCUUUUUUCAUAUUUACACAUCAGAGUGGAUUUAAAGGUUUAGCAGAUGAAACGCUCAGUUUUUUUCAGGAUGGUGCUGAUUGUGAAUAAAGACGAAGGACUUGACGACUCCCAAUAGUGAAGCCAAAUCAUCCGGAUCACUGAAACCCCUCCUCCAUGUUAGCAGAUGGGACAUGGAUCAGACUAAAAGAGUAGACGUUAAAUAAAUCACCACAAGAUGGCGGCGUUCAUAUCUGAGACAUUGUGGUUUCAUUUUUGUUCAACAGGAGGAAGUGGAGACGUGUCAUCGUCUUUAUUGACUGUUAGUGAUCAUGUUUCACAUGAAGAAUAUAAAGAGAGAUUUCAAACAGUGACAUCACCACCAUGAAAACAGAGACUGACGUGAUUUUGUUUAAUUUAUUUUCACUGUUUGAUUUUCACCUGUAGAAGAAAUGUAGGAUUUUUAUUGUUACACACGGUAAUAAAUCAACUUGUGUGUGUGAGGCAGGAUGUGAAGUUUAAAUAAAGUUAACUUUAUUUAUUCUGAACAAA